CUAUUUUGACCAGUAUGGGAGAACAAGCAUCCAAACGGGUCCUUAUAAAUUUGUCACCUGUCUUCUUCACCGUCUCUUUUCUCAUUGCUUGCUCAAUCAAACCAGCUCUUGUCAAACCUUCUCCAAAGCUUAACAGCUAGGGUUUAUUGUUAUCGGCCAUGGGAGGAGGCAAUGGCCAGAAGUCUAAAAUGGCCCGCGAGAAGAAUUUGGAGAAGCAAAAGGCUUCCAAGGGAAGCCAGCUUGAGACAAACAAGAAAGCCAUGACAAUCCAGUGCAAGGUGUGCAUGCAGACUUUUAUGUGUACCACAACAGAAGUGAAGUGUCGGGAGCAUGCUGAAGCAAAGCACCCAAAAUCUGAUGUUUACACUUGUUUCCCUCAUCUGAAAAAGUGAUAAAAAUGGGAAGAAAGAGCUUGCAGAUAUGCAUGUAUUGGGACCCUCAUUUGUCAUAUCCUAUAUUUUGUUCCACAAUUGGGUCUGAAUCUCUGUACUUCUAAAUCUCAUGGAUCUGAAUCUGGUGAACUUCCUUGGCAUUGGUUGUGAAAUAUACAUGUGAUGUACCUAGCGUCUUUGUCACCAA